AAAUUGGAAUAUGGAUUUGGGAACUGAAUCUGUGGAAGAGAAUGAAUUGAAUAACGAUGGAAAUGAAAAUGGAACCAAGGGUGAACGAGAUUCAGUUUCUGAUGAGAAAUUAGGGUUUCAAUUUGAUGGGAAUUUUGCGUCCAAACCGGAUCACAAUGGAGUUGUUGUUGAAGUGGGUAGUGAGGAAGGUGUUAAUUCCAAAGAAACACCAAAAAAAGGGGCUGGGUUGAAGAAAUGGAAGAGAAUUAAGAGGGAUGUUGUUAGGGAUCACAAUUCGAGUGCUGAUGAUUCGAGUAAAGUGUUGAAGAGAGGGUUGUCUGGCUCUGGCAAUGCUAAUUUGAGUGAAAAUCUGCGCGGUGUUAAGGAAAAAAACGAUGGAUCUUCGAAUGCGUUUGGGAAUGUAGUGUUUUCUGAUGGAUAUGCUAUCCGUGGUUCUAGUUCAGAUUCUAGAUAUGCAGUUGGAUCUGGUUUUGCUGUUGGGACUGAUUCUGAGAAUAGUGAGGAUCGGAGUAGUAAGUCUUCCACAGCAGCUAGUGAGCCGAAGGUGAGGCACGAUAAAAAUCGUGGUAGUAGGAAUACAAGUUCGAAGAAUUUGGUUAACUCGGAAAUCAGUGGAGAUGAGUAUACCAAACAAGAGAUUUGUGAACGUUGACUGGAAAGGAAACGG